AUGUCGGAUAAACAGAUUCAGAUUACGUUCUUCUUUAAAAAUAAGAAGCAGAAGACAAGCGAUAAUGUCGAUCGUAAUUCAGCUGCUGUUAAUACAACGUCUGGUAACUUGAAUCAAGUUGAAGAUGGAAUCACUACGUUUUCGCCAACAUCACCUUCAUCAACAACAGCAAGUCCAAUAGCAUCACCUUUAUCAACAGCAGGUCUGCUCUCGUCAAUAACAAUCACGUCGCCUUCGUCAAUGCGAAAGUUGAAGUGUGAAUUUGUUUGUUGUACAUCCGAUAAGCCUUUUGUUCCUGAAACCCAAGUGAAUCUUAAAGCAUCAGACGAUAAGCGAAGUUGUCAACUGGGAUGGUUUGUAAAGUAUAAGUGGCUUUCUUUUUGUCAGGUAAAAAUGAACUGGAACAACGGAAAAAAUGUAUAUUGUUAUUAUUGUCGCAACGCUUUUCUGAGUGGUUUCCAUCCUGAAUCAAAUAAAAUUGGAGAAACGACACUGACAUGUACGGGUUUUACUGAUUGGAAGAAUGCUAUAUCUCGUUUUUCUAAACAUGAAUCUGGUAAAGUGCAUCAUGAUUGUGUAUAUUUGGUGAAUCAACAACAAAAACCCACGGUUGCUGCUCAACUAAGUCUUACACAUCAGGCUCAACAAUCACAGCGACGACGUAUGCUUUUUAUCGAAGUUGAAUGCAUUAGAUAUUUGCUCAGACAAGGUUUAGCUCUUCGAGGACAUAUAGAAGAAGAAGGAAAUUUGUUGCAGCUAUUGAAAUUGCGUGAAGCUGACGUUGAUGGUCUUUCUUCGUGGAUCAAAGAAGGAAACUAUUUAUCUCAUCAAAUAUAA